GUUUCUCGGCUUUUUGCUGAUACGGCGGUUUUCUUCAGGGUUGGGGGAAGAGGGGCCCAGCGUGUGUCCGGACCAAGGGAGCAAGCGGGCGUGGGCAGGCCAGCGAGUGGGUGGGCAGUUCCCUCCCUGCGAUCCGCCAGGCUCCCUCGCCUACUUAAGAUACUAAUAUGGUUAAUGCAGGAAAUAUGAAUGGUGCUGGGAAUUUAAUGGAUUUUUUGGAUGAACCUUUCCCUGAUGUUGGUACAUAUGAAGACUUUCAUACCAUUGACUGGUUGAGAGAAAAAUCACGUGACACAGAUAGACACAGGAAGAUUACAAACAAAAGCAAGGAGUCAAUAUGGGAGUUCAUCAAAAGUUUACUGGAUGCCUGGUCAGGAUGGGUUGUGAUGCUUCUUAUAGGAUUGCUGGCAGGCACAUUAGCUGGAGUUAUCGAUUUAGCUGUGGACUGGAUGACAGAUUUGAAGGAAGGUGUCUGUUUAUCAGCGUUUUGGUACAGCCAUGAGCAGUGUUGCUGGACAUCUAAUGAAACUACUUUUGAGGACAGGGACAAAUGUCCUCAGUGGCAAAAAUGGUCUGAACUUCUAGUUAAUCAGUCUGAGGGUGCAAGCGCUUACAUUCUAAAUUAUUUUCUGUACAUUUUGUGGGCUUUAUUGUUUGCUUUCCUGGCUGUCUCCCUUGUCAGGGUAUUUGCUCCCUACGCCUGUGGCUCUGGCAUUCCAGAGAUAAAGACCAUCUUGAGUGGUUUCAUUAUUAGGGGCUACCUAGGCAAGUGGACCCUCUUAAUCAAAACUGUAACUUUGGUUCUGGUGGUAUCUUCAGGACUCAGCCUUGGCAAAGAAGGGCCUCUAGUGCAUGUGGCCUGUUGCUGCGGCAACUUUUUCAGCAGCCUCUUCUCAAAGUACAGCAAAAAUGAAGGAAAAAGAAGAGAGGUGCUUUCAGCAGCUGCCGCCGCUGGUGUCUCUGUUGCCUUUGGGGCACCAAUCGGUGGUGUUCUUUUUAGCCUAGAAGAGGUGAGUUAUUAUUUUCCAUUGAAGACCCUCUGGAGAUCUUUUUUUGCUGCCCUUGUUGCUGCUUUUACCCUGAGAUCCAUCAACCCAUUUGGAAACAGCCGCUUGGUUCUUUUUUAUGUGGAGUAUCACACACCUUGGUACAUGGCUGAACUUUUCCCCUUUAUUCUGCUUGGAGUUUUUGGAGGCUUGUGGGGGACACUUUUCAUUCGAUGCAACAUUGCCUGGUGCAGGAGGCGUAAAACCACUAAGCUAGGGAAAUACCCAGUUCUAGAAGUGAUAGUGGUAACUGCCAUCACUGCCAUAAUUGCCUUUCCCAAUCCAUACACUCGGAGAAGCACCAGUGAGCUCAUCUCUGAACUGUUCAAUGACUGUGGAGCUCUGGAGUCCUCACAGCUCUGUGACUACAUAAAUGAUCCCAAUAUGACUAGGCCUGUGGAUGACAUUCCUGACAGACCAGCUGGUAUAGGAGUGUAUAUGGCUAUGUGGCAACUAGCCCUGGCUCUGGUUUUUAAGAUCAUCAUCACAAUAUUUACCUUUGGCAUGAAGAUCCCGUCAGGACUUUUUAUACCUAGUAUGGCUGUAGGAGCUAUAGCUGGUAGAAUAGUUGGAAUCGGAGUGGAGCAGUUGGCCUACCAUCAUCAUGACUGGAUUGUCUUCAGGAACUGGUGCAGGCCAGGAGCUGACUGUGUUACCCCAGGACUUUAUGCCAUGGUGGGAGCUGCAGCUUGCUUAGGUGGAGUUACCAGGAUGACAGUCUCUCUUGUUGUGAUCAUGUUUGAGUUAACAGGAGGAUUAGAGUACAUAGUACCUUUGAUGGCUGCAGCUGUAACUAGCAAAUGGGUAGCUGAUGCCUUUGGUAAAGAAGGAAUCUAUGAGGCACACAUCCAUUUGAAUGGCUAUCCAUUUCUGGAUGUCAAGGAUGAGUUUACCCACCGAACACUGGCUACUGAUGUCAUGAGGCCUAGACGUGGUGAACCCCCUCUCUCUGUCCUAACCCAAGACAGCAUGACUGUGGAAGAUGUGGAGACGUUAAUCAAGGAGACUGACUACAAUGGCUUUCCAGUGGUAGUUUCUAAAGACUCUGAACGUCUUAUAGGCUUUGCACAGAGGCGGGAGUUGAUUCUUGCGAUAAAAAAUGCAAGGCAGCGCCAGGAUGGUGUAGUCAGCAAUUCCAUUGUAUACUUCACUGAAGAGCCUCCAGAAGUCCCUGCGAACAGCCCUCACCCCCUAAAGCUCCGGCGCAUUCUCAAUCUGAGCCCCUUUACAGUCACAGACCACACACCAAUGGAAACAGUGGUAGAUAUUUUCCGAAAACUUGGACUCAGGCAGUGUCUUGUCACACGCAGUGGGAGGCUUUUGGGCAUCAUAACGAAAAAGGACGUGUUAAGGCAUAUGGCUCAAAUGGCAAAUCAAGACCCUGAAUCCAUCAUGUUUAACUAGGCUGGUCCCAGAGGACAGGCUAGGAUCUAAGCUUUCAAAGGACCUUUACUGGACUAAAUGGAUGUGGAUUUUGUACAGCACUACAUUUUUGUUGUUGUCAAAAUGAAAUAACAUGAAGAUAAAAUAGAAUCAUAUUAAGGGCAGAACCAGAGGAAAAUUCUGACAAGAGACUGAAUGCAACAUUAGAAUUAAUUUGGGCAGAGCAGUUUGGAAACUCCAUUCAGCUGCAGACAUUAAACUGUUUUUCCUAACUGAGGCUUGGGCUACAUCCUAUAGUUGUCAUGGGAACAGUAAUUUCCCUGGUGAGUUUUCCAUCCCUGGUAGUUCCCCCAGAAGCCAUCAUCACCUAGCUAUUUUCCCUGUCCCAGCUGCACCUCGAAAACUCUGGUGGGGGACAGAAACUUCACUAUAUGAUAGCCCUGAAUCAAAAUGUGAGUGCUAUGAUAUAGUUUGGGAAAUUUGCCAUGGUGAUUGAUCCUACAAGAUAACGUAUAAGUAGUGACCAAGCAACUUGCAACUGCUGGCUGGUGCAUGCAUACAUGUAAUAUGGUUUGUGUUGGGCUGGGAGGCAUGGAGGAGCACCACCAACUGCAGUGGGUGAUAUGGAAAAAUAGCAAGCAUAUUUAUAAAUACAGUGUUAAGGCAAAUGCAAAACGUUGUGUUCAGAACAACUGCGUACCAGUCAUGUUUCCCCCCCUCCCAAGUUCACACUUCUUUGUUAAUGGAUUAUGUUAAAGUAUUUUCCAGAAGUGUGUAAUUUGUUGUGUUGCUUUUGCCUAUUUUUGUAGAUGGACAUUAAGAAACAAAGUAGAAUUAAAGCUGUGCUGCAGUCAACUU